AUGUUGCCGCAUCAAAAACUGGACUCCAAGGAGAUUGCAACCCAGUUCAAGCACAUGCGGGGAUUACCGAUCGCGUCGUACGAUGGACAACCCGGAAUACUUAUAGGGCUCUACAAUGUGCAUUCAUUUGUGCCGUUGGAAGCGAAGAUCGGUGCGACUGCAGAGCCAAUAGCGGUGAAGUGCAAACUUGGAUGGACUGUGUACGGCCCGAGACAGUCGAACACUGCCUUUGAUGGUGGGUAUAUGGGUUAUCACCACGAAGUAAGCAACGAGGCCCUGCAUGACCUGCUGAAAAGCCACUACGCUCUGGAGGAAUCGGUCGUGGCGGUUGCGCAGGAAUCGGCAGAGGAUAAACGAGCGCGAGAGAUAAUGGAGCGGACCACAAAAAGGGUGGGAAAUCGCUUCGAGACCGGACUACUGUGGAGGACAGAUGAUCCACGAUUUCCGGACAGCUUUCCGAUGGCCCUGCACAGGAUGAAGCAGCUGGAGAAAAAACUGGAGAGAAAUCCGGAGUUGCACAAGAACGUUUGUCGGCAGAUAGAAGAGUUUCAGCAGAAAGGAUAUGCACACCUGGCAACUGCAGAAGAAUUGAUCCGUACGGAAACAGAUAAGGUGUGGUACCUACCGUUGAAUGUGGUGACAAAUCCCAGAAAGCCUGGCAAAGUGCGCUUGGUAUGGGACGCCGCAGCUUCGGUGCAAGGAGUGUCACUCAACACGCAGCUACUGACGGGACCCGACUUGCUGAUUCCACUGGUGCAAGUGAGAGUAGGUUUCCGGGAGCGACGGAUUGCAUUCGGUGGCGAUCUUCGAGAAAUGUACCACCAGGUGAAGAUCGUCGAACGCGACGGACAGGCUCAACGCUUCGUGUUCCGGAAGAAUUUCGGGGAGAAGCCAAGCAUUUUUGUAAUGGACGUUGCGACGUUUGGCUCUACAUGCUCUCCUAGUUCGGCACAGUACAUCAAAAACAAGAACGCAGAAGAACAUGCUGUUCAAUAUCCAGAGGCGGCAGCGGCCAUAAUCCAUCGUCACUACGUCGACAAUUAUUUCGACAGUGUCGACACCGUCGAAGAGGCCAUCAACCGGGCGAAGCAGCACCUCUGGCGAUUGGGCUGCGAUUGGAAGCAGGAGAUCGACGACGAGAGCUGGCGCUUAUGGAAGCGAUGGACUGGCCUGCUGCCAGAGGUGGAUGCAGUUCGGAUCACACGCUGCUACCUCGGGAAUGCUGCGUCUUCAGCCGUUGAGUCGCUGGAACUUCACAUCUUUACUGAUGCCAGUGAACACGCAUACGGAUGUGUAGCGUACUUGCGAGCGGUGAUCAACGGAAACGUACGAUGUAGCUUAGUGAUGUCACGAGCGAAAGUGGCUCCACUGAAACGUCAGUCGAUUCCACGGUUGGAUUUAAUGGCUGCCGUCCUCGGUGCUCGACUGAGUCGAACGGUUCUAGGGAUGCAUUCCCUGGAAAUUACACGUUGCAUUUUAUGGACGGAUUCUCGUACGGUGUGUAGCUGGCUGCAAUCGGAUCAGUACAAGUUUAAGCAGUUCAUAGCCUUCAGAGUCGGCGAAAUUCUUGAACUGACAAGGGUAAUCGACUGGCGCUGGUUGCCGACGAAGCUGAAUAUUGCGGAUGUGCUGACUAAGUGGGGAUCAUUCCUGUAUUAUCCGGAAGAGGAGUGGCCGAGCAAGGUGAUGCCGUUUGAGGAAACUAGCGAAGAGGCGAGAGGAGUAGUGCUAUUCCAAGAACUGAUCGACGUCAAGGCUACUUCGCGGUGGAUGGCACUGACGAUCGUGACGUCGAAAGCCACGGAGACUCAACAGCGGUCGAUUAAGUCGAAGUAUUUGGCGAUUGUAAAACCGCUCCAGCAGGAGGAACUCCUGGAAGCCGAAACGAUCCUGUGGAAGCAGGCGCAGUUCGACAGUUUCCCGGACGAAAUGAGUGCGUUGACCAAGAAUCUCAAUCUGGAGCCGGGACAGAUGCCUUCGAAAAUACAGCGGUCGAGUACCCUGGUCAAACUGACUCCGAUACUGGACGAUGAAGGUGUGCUGCGGAUGGGAGGAAGAUUCGAAAAAUCGGACGACAUCUCGAUCGACCAGAAGUUUCCGAUCAUUCUUGCUCGGCAGCACGACAUCACCAAGAAGUUGAUUCAGUGCUACCACGAAAGGUUCAGACAUGCGAAUCGAGAGACGGUUUGCAACGAGUUGCGUCAGAAGUUCUGGAUUCCGAAUAUCCGUGCAGCGAUUAUGGAAGUGAUGCGGGAGUGCAUGUGGUGCAAAGUCCAUAGAUGUCGUCCACAAGUACCAAUGAUGGCGCCACUCCCGACUCGACGCAUCAGAGCAGGAAUUCGUCCUUUCAGUUCGGUCGGCUUAGACUACUUGGGACCAGUAGAUGUAUCGGUGGGAAGAAGAAAAGAGAAGCGAUGGGUGGCCAUGUUUACGUGUCUCGCCAUCAGAGCGGUGCAUCUUGAGGUGGUGAACAGCCUGACAACACAAUCGUGCUUGAUGGCUAUCCGCCGGUUUUCCUGUAAACGGGGUGCUCCUGAUAUUAUAUUUUCAGAUAACGCCACUUGCUUUAAGGGUGCUAACAACGAGAUGCUGAAAACGUUACAUGGCGAUUGUGAGGACGAAAUCACAACUGCAAGAACGGCCUGGCGAUUCAUUCCGCCUGGCACCCCGCACAUGGGUGGUGCAUGGGAGCGAAUAGUUCGUUCCGUGAAGGAGGCAAUGAAGGCAUUGGAAGAUGGAAGGAAGCUGACAGACGAGAUUCUGGUGACAACGCUGGCGGAGGCAGAGGACAUGAUAAACACAUAUCCUCUCACGUACAUGCCUCAGGCGUCUGCCGAAAAUGAAGCUCUGACACCGAACCAUUUUCUACGAGGAAUUAAAAAGGGCGCAGAUCUCCUAGUGGACAGCGGUGGGAAUCUAGCGGAGGCUUUGCGUGACGUGUACAAGCGAUCGCAGUAA